AUGAGACAGCGGAGACGGACGUCGCAUUACAGUCACUUUCGCGAUCAGAUUCUUGAUGAAAUCGAAUUGUUUCUGAGUAAGCCUCUUCUCGAAGUUCGUGUCUUUGCAGAGACACAAAAUGUGAGCUUCCACAUCUCCACAGUCUUUUGCGGCCUGUUUGACAGAGUCAGGCGCAUCGUCAUCGAUAAGGCCGAUCUUGUUCUCGAGGUAGUAGCCAAUCUUGUCGGAGAGGUCGUCAAGCAGAUUGACGACAACGCAGAAGAAGUUAUCAGACUCCAAGUCGUCGACUGGCACCUUCGGCCCACGGAAUGCCGCCCACACCUGUGCCCACUGGUUGUCGGUGAGGGCGAAUCCGAGAAUAUAUUGAAUCCAAAUACGCUGAGCCUCAAUAACAAAGAGUCGCGGUCUCCAAGUAUCAAGGCACGUUCACUUCGUGUGACAGCGUACACUGACAGUGCGCUGCGGGUCUGGCAAGUUCACAGAGGAGAUUCUCUUCGUAGCCAGCUGCGACUGUCUCCGGCAAAUCGACUUUUUAUUUCUACCAUGAUGUGUGUGAUGGGUGCUUCACUGGAUGUUCUCAUAUGGCUGGAUGGCGUCUCAUGGUCACAGUCAUCACGUUUAGUCGACUCAGACAGGAAGUCCGACGAAGAUCUCGCGGUCACGGACAUGCCUGUGAACAUCGAUACUGCUAACUCGCGCGGGGCACUUAACUUGAGUCGACUUCUCACUCUGGCAUGGGAAGGUGCGGACCAGCAGGGCAGCGAAAAGCGCGAGGAGGACACGGACAAGCAAAGCGACGAGAACGAAGGGGUCAGCACAGAACGCGGCGACAUGCAGCACAACGCACCACGAUCGCGAGCACGCAGGGCUAAUGCCCAACGCGAAAACACGGCCGACGAAUGGACCGCCGUGCCUGAGCAAAGGAGUCGGAGGUAUGGGAGAAUGGGCAGGCGCAAGACGCAGUCGCUGCGGCUACAUGAAGCGCGACGCGCACGCAGACCGCGAGCGCGCCAAGCGAAUGCCCAACACGCAGACACGGCCAACGAACGCGCGCAGAGCCAGCGGACAGGCGGGCGAGCAUGCGGGCUGAUGAGCAGGUGUGGACGGGCAAGCGAGUGGAUGGGCGGGAGAGCGUGCGGGCGAACAGGCGAGUGGGCAGGCGACAGCACACUGACACACCUCGACCGCACAGUUGACGGACGCGCACGCAGCCGAUAUGCGGACCACGGGCGCGGCCAUAGCUACGAGCAGGGAGAGCCAGCAGAUGGCGGGCGCAGACGGGAGCGAGUGGGCAGGGAAGGACGAAUGACUGACAGAGACGGGUACGACAUGCGGCAACACCAAGGAUGCAAGCACAACGCGCGCUCGAGUCUGCUUGAGCCCGUUGCAUCGGACGCGGUGCUGCCGGUGCAUGAGAACACUCGACACCAUCCCGCAUCUCAUGCAUCCGUACGCUCCUCCCAUCGAGCAACGGCGCGGGCGAGUGAGAGAAGAGCGAACAUGCAAUCGAUAGGGUGGUCCAACUCGGAGAGACCAUGGGCAUAGUUGUGCUGUACGUGACGUGUGCAUAUCACCCAUCCUGUCUCCC